AUGGUGUCAUGGGUCAACCUCUCAUUCAUUCAACCAUACUGCUGCAAUAAUUUAGUUGUGGUUCCAGUGCUGGCAGAGGAAAAUGGAGGAGGUGGCAAGAGGAAGCUGAGAAGUGGAUAUGUAGUUCAGAGUAUAGCUAUGUCUGUGCUCAAUGCCCUCUUAAAAACUAGUACCAAUUUGCUUAUGAUUGGAGCAACCAACACCUAUUUUGUUUUGGUUGUCUUAUGUAACUUAUUUUCUUCAGAAGCUUCUGGAAGUUUUUGGCAGAACAGUUUAUUGUUGGCUACGGAGGCUCACGAGUUUUUGCAAACAUACGAGCACUUACAUGAGGCUGAUGAAGACAGUGAGGACGUGACGCCUGUCCACAUAAUUAACACCUGUAUAUCAUCAACAUCAGACCACUUCAAAUUGCAAGACAAUUUACCAAAGAAUGCUGAAGAGAUACAUGACACACUGGUGCAGGUACUUACAUCAUUGGACAAGAAUUCAAGACAGGACCUGUCUGAAGUGAUGGUUCACAUGGCUGCCACCAUUGUACAACAUGUGUGUUGGACUGUAGAUAAGAGCAAAGGUGUACAUACAGAGGUGACCAAGAUUGAGGAAGUUGGUGGAUGUGUGGCUCUGUUGAUCGGUGUUUGUCAAAGCCAUGCCAUACUCUCUACUGCACUAAUGGACGCCAUUACCCGUAUUUUGACAACAGCCACCAGAGACAUCACAUCUCUGCUUGCUAUAUCAUACCUUCUCAAGAUUCUGGCAAAAGACAGUGGGAAAAUAUCACGAUACAGCCUGAGGCAAGCUGUGAUAGCUACUGACAGCAUCUUCAAUCAGAUUGUCCUUCCUCUCAGUCUUGAUGAAGAUGAGGAGAGUAAUAUCGCCCUUGGUUUAUAUGAGACGGCAGAAGCAGCUUCUUCACAACAGCUGGAAGCCGAGAAGGAUCAAACUUCAACUAAGGAGGAGGAAACGUCAACGGAGGAGGAGCAACCAGCGGUGGAGGAACCCCAAAAAUAUACCAAGAUGACAGGUGAUUAUAUUAAGGAGUUGAAGAGCUCGCUGGGUGUGCUGUAA